AUGCCCUUCUUCUCCGCCCGCGACGGGACCUCCCUCUUCUACAGGGAUUGGGGCAACCGCAACGGCACUCCAAUCGUCUUCUCACACGGCUGGCCGCUGAACGGAGACAAUUGGGAAAAGCAACUCGUCUUCUUCGCCAACAACGGUUACCGUGCCAUCGCCCACGAUCGUCGUGGCCACGGUCGCUCAGACCAACCCUGGGAAGGCAACAACGUCGAUACAUGGGCCGACGACCUGCGGCAGCUGAUUGAGCACCUCAACCUGAAGGACGUCCUCAUUGCGGCCUUCAUCAGCAGCUGCUAUCCGUACAUGGAGGCAAAGCACUUCACCGCCAAUGGUCAAGACGGCAAGGGUGUGCCCUCAGAGGUGUUCGACCACUUCCGCGACACAAUGUUGCAGGUUCGCGCGGACUUCUUCAUUGAGGUUCCCAGCGCACCGUUCUUCGGCUUCAAUCGCCCGCACGUGACGAAGAACCAGGGUCUGAUUGAUAAUUGGUUCCAAGCGGGCAUGCUGGCGAGUCUGAAGGCUGUGCAUGAUACCACUUACUCGUGGCAGUUGGACUACACGAAGGAUGUGAGUGAGUUGGACAUCCCGACGUUGGUGUUCCAUGGCACGGAUGAUCAGGUCGUGCCGAUUGACACUGGGUAUGCUGCGGCGAAGCUGUUGAAGAACUGCACGGCGGUGUUUCUGGACGGGGCACCGCAUGCUACGCCUGAUCUGCGAGCGGAUGAGUUGAAUGCGGAGUUGUUGAAGUUUCUGGAGAAAUGA